AGGGGGCACUCUGCCUUUAAGACUGUGCUUUACCAAUCGGUGAUUCCUAAAUCUAGGAAUAGGUAUUUGAUGUUUGCGGGCUGGGCCUGUGUGGAAGGUGAACCUCGUGGUGCCUUCUGCUGAGGAAACCCGGGGGAAGAAAGCCGAAAUCAGUCUUGGACCGCAGUUCUCGCCUACCCGUUCAGACUAAUUUUAAUUAUCUCUUUUUGUAGUAUUAAGAGGUUAAAAAGCACCUCUUUUUUGACUGCUAACUCAUACGUUUUCGAGGCCAAGUCUUCUCGCCAUGGCUCAGCUCCAGACACGCUUCUACACUGACAACAAGAAAUAUGUGGUAGAUGAUGUUCCCUUCUCAAUUCCUGCCACCUCUGAAAUUGCUGACCUUAGUAACAUCAUCAAUAAAUUGCUGGAGGCCAAAAAYGAGUUCCACAAACAUGUGGAGUUUGAUUUCCUUAUCAAGGGCCAGUUUUUGCGAAUGCCCUUGUUCAAACACAUGGAACUGGAGAACAUCUCAUCAGAAGAGGUUGUGGAACUAGAAUAUGUGGAGAAGUACACUGCACCCCAGCCAGAGCAAUGCAUGUUCCAUGAUGACUGGAUCAGUUCAAUUAAAGGAGCAGAGGAAUGGAUCUUGACUGGUUCUUAUGAUAAGACUUCUCGAAUCUGGUCCUUGGAAGGAAAGUCAAUAAUGACAAUUGUGGGACAUACAGACGUUGUAAAAGAUGUGGCCUGGGUGAAAAAAGAUAGUUUGUCUUGCUUACUACUGAGUGCCUCUAUGGAUCAGACCAUUCUCUUGUGGGAGUGGAAUGUAGAGAAAAACAAAGUGAAAGCCCUACACUGUUGCAGAGGUCAUGCUGGAAGUGUGGAUUCUAUAGCUGUUGAUAGCUCAGGAACUAAAUUUUGCAGUGGUUCCUGGGAUAAGAUGCUAAAGAUCUGGUCUACAGUCCCCACAGAUGAAGAAGAUGAAAUGGAGGAAUCCACAAAUAGACCAAGAAAGAAACAGAAAACAGAACAAUUGGGGCUAACAAGGACUCCCAUGGUGACCCUCUCUGGCCAUACAGAAGCAAUUUCCUCAGUACUCUGGUCAGAUGCUGAAGAAAUCUGCAGUGCAUCUUGGGACCACACAAUUAAAGUAUGGGAUGUUGAAUCGGGCGGUCUUAAGUCAACUUUGACAGGAAAUAAAGUGUUUAACUGUAUUUCCUAUUCUCCACUUUGUAAACGUUUAGCUUCUGGAAGCACAGAUAGGCAUAUAAGACUGUGGGAUCCCCGAACCAAAGAUGGUUCUUUGGUGUCACUAUCCCUGACCUCACACACAGGCUGGGUCACAGCUGUAAAGUGGUCUCCUACUCAUGAACAGCAGCUGAUUUCAGGCUCUUUAGAUAACAUUGUCAAGCUGUGGGAUACAAGAAGUUGUAAGGCUCCUCUCUAUGAUCUGGCUGCUCAUGAAGAUAAGGUUCUAAGUGUGGACUGGACAGACACAGGGCUACUUCUAAGUGGAGGUGCAGACAAUAAAUUGUAUUCCUACAGAUAUUCCCCUACCACUUCCCAUGUGGGGGCAUGAAAGUGAAUAAUGACUUGAUAUAGAGGCAUUCUGUAAAUGAAAUUGGUAGAGAAUCAUCAGAUUACGCUGAUGUAGAUGCAGCCUUUUAGAUUAAGGUUUAUUGUUUUCACCCUUCAUGAAAGCUAACAUAUUACUCGUUUUUAUUUUGUGUGUAUAAAAUAAAAUGUGGCCUGUAUUCUCUACCCUACGGACUGUGGAAAUUAAACUGAGAUUUUUUAAACUUCUUUUUACAG